UUUCAGAGACGACACAGAUGCUCAUAAAGAUGUCAAAUCGAAGAAUACGCCAUACGUGGAAUAUGUAUGCACAGGCCUCAUUCAAUGGGACAGGUUAAAAAAUAGAUGCUAGUGGAAAAUUGCUGUUAACUCUUAUAUAGUAGUUCCGAUUCCAUUUUAAUCAAAGUGUAAAAUUAUCGUUGACGUGUUUCCUCAUGCGACGGUGUACAAGACGGUAUAUAGAGUCCGUCAGUCGACGCUUCUGACCGACCGUUGGUGACUCUCGGCAUAUCCAGCAGUCACGAAUCGACACUGGAUUCUGAAAACUAUAUUCACUGUUAGGGCGUUGUGUAUUAGAAUUAGUGAAACCGACUGAGAAAGUCAUUGAGACGAGCAGAAAAGCAGGCUAGCGAAGGCAAGCAAGCGAGAAGGCAGUCAGCGAGGCAGGCAGGCAGGCAAGCAAGCACGAAGGCAGACAGCAUCCCCUAUAUUGAUUUCGUACUGUGCACCCCUCCCCUCCCCUCUCCACGUGUUUGUCUCCGUCUCUUACUCUCUCACGCAAACUCCCUUCUCGUUCUCGCGCAGCUCCACCUCGUCCAUUCUGUCUUCCUCUGUCUCACUACGUCCUUCUCGCUUCAGCCUCCUCACGCUCUGUAAGAUCCUCUCCUUCUCGCCCACUCGCUUCCUCCUUUUCGUCACUCUCACUCUAUCCCUGUCUCUCUUUCUCUGUCUGUCUGUCUCUCUGUCUCAGCCGCUCUACACAACACUCGACUCUUCUCCACCCUCUCUCUGCAGAGAGAGAGUACGAGGCAGCUUCUACUAUCCCCUACGCGGCGGCGGAUCUCCACCAUAACAUCUCGCGGAAAAUUAUCCUGCCAUCACUUGCCAUGUCCGAAAGGGCGAGUGCCGCGAAGUGCGAGACGCUUUCGAGGUUACACGUAGAGAAUUUCGUGGCGUGAGACACUGUGUCCUGGGUGAAUCAGGAUCGUGUGGUGGCAUGACUGAAUGUGUCAAUAACGCGACUGUCAUCGCGAUUAGGGGGUCACCUCGGAUAUACGUCUGUGCAGCCGAUUCGGUGUGAAACAUGGAGAUCAAGUCAGAUCAGUGCAGUGCAACGGAAGAUUACGAUUUUCACGCGUCCAAUCGUAUUCCUACUCCCAUCCAUAUUCCAAAAUCGAUUCGCAUUCCCAUUAUCGUGAAACUCUCGAAUCAUACGAUAGCGUCACACCUCCCCGGGAAAGACUUUUCAGAAAAAUAGUUGAGAAAUUUAUAGCUCGAUAUUUUACGACGCGAGUGUAAUUGUGCCCUUGUGACAUCAUUGUGAGACAGGAUCAACACUCAACAGGGAGGUAAUCAACGUGGUCGAGGAGCGGGCCGGUGGGCCGAAGAUUGAACUCUUGAACGUGGCUUCGAUAGGCGUGCUCAUCGCUCGCGGACGUUCAUACUCGGCUGCGGGACCUUUUGCGAGCUGAAAGGGAAGGACAGGUCCGGUAAAGGGAACGAGAUAAGAAGAAAUUGGCCGUAGGAGGCUUUGACGUUUCGCACGGGGAUUGAAGUGAAUUCGAGAAGUCGGGAUCUCGAGGAAGAGGAAAAGGAGACAACGAACUCAUAUUGUUGGCCAUCUUAGGAAUACGAGAGAACAAGUGCUGCCGGAUUCGUAGGAAAUUCGAGUCUCGGAUCGGAUCGCAAGUUUUAGCUUCAGUGUCCUUCUGUGUCCGCGUUUGCGUGGGUGCGUCCAUUUAUUUUUUGUGCUCUUCGCGCUCGGGCACAGUCCAGAAGGUGACGAGCGUGAAGGAAUACUCGGGGUAGCAAUGGAGGAGAAUGAGUCGAGACGUUCCUGGCGCGUGGUCACGACUCCUUCCUAAUUCGAAAUUAAUGCGGCGCCGACGGACGGGAUUAAAGGAAGAAACCAUGGCUCUGGACACGGCCGAGAUUCCAUCCGAGGCCAAGAUCGAUAGGAUGACGCUUCGUGGGAAAUUUUGAAUUCGAGAAGAAAUCAGAAAGCUCGAUUACAUCGUAGAGAUGUAGGGGGGCCCGUCAUUGGGGCCCCAAUGUGCCCGAAAUCCUCCCGCCCUUUCUCUCGAACAAAAUCAUCAGUCAUCGAGGAUUUUUCGAUUUACAGCAGACGCUCGCCGUUAAUGAUUGCUGAUUGUCAUUCUCGUCCACUGCACCGUUUAUCGUUGUUGCCAAAAAUUGCCAAAAUACGAACGACGCAACCAGUCUUUCAAAAGACCCUGGAACACGGGGGCCUGGGUAACCAAAUUGUUUGUUCGUUCUGAUCUAAUAUAUUUAACAUUAAUCGUUAGUAAACGUUCAUAUGCGAAUUGCCUUAGUAUCCGUUCGUAAAGAGAAUCGUAACUAUCAGUUGCCAAAGUAAAACAGGUUAUAAAAUAAGUGUCAAUGCGUGACGGUCGAGCGGAAGGGAGCCGCUAGUUAAAUUCGACACACGUGUCUUAGAGGAAAAGUGUAAUUACUAAAGAAUUAACGACAACAACAACAACAAAAAAUUAAGGAAAUAUAAUCAAAGCCACGUUCUAUGUGUAAAGUCAUUCUCGUGGAAUCAAAAAGUUAAGCAGUUAUAACGACGUUACAUAUUUUCAAAUGUUUAGUCGCAGCCAAAGUUUCAACAAGUAUUAUUAGCAGUAGCCUGAACAUAGUAUGAAAUUUGUGUGGUGUACAUAGAGUGUUUAGAAGUUUUCAAGAAGAUAGUACAAGAUUUUUAAGUGCGGAAGAAAAAAAAAAGAAGAAAUAAAGAUGGUCGACCUCGGGGGAUAUAUCAUCAUUCUGAUGAAUCACAAUGGCAAGAUCAAACUUUACGGCUCCCCUGCGGAUAAUGCGGACAGCUUGGAGGUGGGCGACGAGAUUCUGGAGGUCAACGGUCGCACCCUGGAGAACGCGACCCACUCCGAAGUUAUUCAGCACAUUCAUCAGUGCAUCAAGUCACGAACAAUAUGCCUGCGAGUGCGAAGAAGAAGCGGAAACAAAAUGGAAGAAUUGGAUGGACCAAACGCAGGACGAAUACGAGACGCCUGGGUCAUCGCUGUCGAGAGGGGCGCAAGAGAACGACUUCAGAGGCUCACCGCGCUCAGGAGAAUUCAACCACGGGACAUUCAAGCCAUUUUACAUCAACAGAUAAGCGAAGGGGCAGCCUCGACGAGUGGAUCAGGUACAGAUGCGGAUGUAACCAGCAGUCAGAUCACCGUCACUCUUGCAGACAAAGAUCUCGGGACAAAUGCCUAUCCGACGAAGCUAAGCAACGGCACGAUUCCCAAGGGGAUCCCAAAGGCUAAAGACGCCACGGAUAUCAGUGCUGCUAAGGAACGAAAAGAUAUUCUUGAAAAACAACAGAGUUGCCCGGAAGAGGCUAAUCUUCUGACCCCGUUGCAAAGUGCAAAAGUCGGUGAGCGUCGGGCAAGCAGUCCCUUCCAAAAUGGUCGUACCGAGGUGCUGAUCGGAGAACCGGAGGGUGGUCCAAGAUCACCAAGAGGCUCCACAUCCUCAGCCGCAAAUGAGAGCAACUUCCUAAGUCUAUCGGAGGAACGUGAUUAUCCAGAACCCAUUUGCAGGUCUAGAAGGCGUAGCGCAAGUGGCGUACCGGAUAUUCACCUGCAGCAGGGCCAGCUUCAAGAGAACAACAACAGCUCGCGGGAGACGAAGGAGUCGAAGGAAGGAUUGGGGCCCGAUGAAAUGUGGGCCCCAGGGGCCCUAGGUCAUCACCGGGAACUUCCCGUUGACGUACCCGACACCCUCCUUCAGCAGGCGUACCCCAACAAGGUAAAGAAUUACUCACCCGGCUACCGGAGUGAUCGUCGUUCCCGUAGUGCUAGCGAUCUUGAUCUGUCCCUAAAUCUUAAAAACAAACGAUCAUCCGGCGAGAACGCGAAAGUCGGUGGUGAGAGUGCUACGUUAGUGCGCGUUGAAGAUCCUGCCAAGAUUGAGCUGAAGAUUGAAAACUCGCACUUCGCGAAGGACAAGAAGGAGACUGAGACUGAGGUUGAGACUGACGAAGGAAAACACAAAGAGACUGAGGACACAGACAUCGCAAAACGUGCAGCCGUCGACGAGGAAAUCGCGGGACAAAAGGAAUCGAGUGUCGAUGCCGAGGAAGACUAUCCUUUCGCAAAGGAGGACUAUCCGACGAUGCUGAAGACUUGCAGCGACGACUCGGCAAGUCCCAGAAGUUCAUCAGGUAGAUCGGAUAGUACCGCACCUUUGGAUACCAGUUUGAUUCUUCGUCACAGAUCGACGGGCAAAAAUUCACCCCUCUACGACGCACGAAGGAUCGAUCUUGGAUCACCAUGCCGAUCGAUCGUUCCUGAGAUCAAAAUUGCGCCAUUGUUCUCUCGUGCCAGAGACUCCACGUCCUUCGACAAUCCGGCUUACGGACUGGCUGAUCUUCAGGAUCUCCAGGGUCUACUUAUGAGAUCGGACGAGGUCUCCGAUUUAACUUGUUUGAUAGACGAGCAAGGACUGAUAUCAGGAAAGUCUCGUGAGCAGAGCCAAAUGUCGUCGACGUGGUCCAAGGAUCGCGUCCCUGUAGAGGGGAUCAAGACGACGAAAAAGGGUUUGAAACGUCCGGAUGAACAGAGCAGAACCAGAGGCCGAAGAGAUCUCGAUGCUACGAAACUCAUAAAAUGUUCCACCGAAGACCUCAUCCAGGUCGAGCUUGCCAAUAUCUCCUCGAAGAACAGAGUAAAGAAGAAGAAGCAGUCGAGUAGCGGAUACUCGACCUUAAAGAGCGAAGCCUCCACCGACCUCGAUCAAGAUUCCGCUUUCCUCGUCGACGCUAAUCGAGUCUACCGAGAAGUCGCUGUCGACUGUCCUGCGGAUUUUGUUCCUGUGACUAAGUGCCACCCGGUAUAUCCACCACCGAACAAGACUCCCGGCAACAGCAAGCACAACACUCUCGAGAGCAGCACCGCGAGAUCAAAAACCAUCCCCGCAAAAUUUAAUCCCAAGGACGUAAACUCUAACGGGGAGGAUAGAGGGACCCUCGCGUCUUCCCAUAACGAGAUUAAAAAUAUUGAGCCGACGAACAACAAUCGAUCUAGCCUACUGCUAGCCGAUAAUGCUAGAGAGACCGUAGUAGCGCGAACCGUAGAUCAAAGGGGCGAAAAGACUGGUCUCAACGGGGUUAAGCCUGCCAUUCCGCCUAGGGAUCAGAAGAGGGCACCAGCCAGGCCUCCUAAGGACAAUUUACGACUCUCCACCCAGAACAAUAAUGUCGAGCCCAGUGACAAUGCCAACACAGAACCCACGCAGCAGCAGCUACACUCCAUCAGAAAAUACCAGGAGCAGCUACGCAAACGAAAGGACGAGGAGGAGAAGCAGGAAGUUCUAAAUCGUUCUCUUCGUGGCUCAAGAAAACUUCAGGCUUUGGAGAGCCACGCUACGAGUCUCUCCGGCCAAGAGAAUCCUGCUUAUGCUCAGGACGAGUUAUCCACCGUAACUCGUUCUCAUAUCAGCACCAGUCAUGCGACGCAAGAAGUGGAGGAGCCACCCAGACCUCUCACGUACGGCGAGGUUGUCGCGACGCUAGAGAGGUUACAAUUACAACUGCGUAAUAUAUCUGGAGCUCUGGGAAUUUCGGGUCCUGGCGUCGAAGCUGAACUGGAAGCGGUUCGGACGCUUUUGGUACAAAGGCGCUUUGCAACCGCUUUGGCAACUCAUCAUGCACUUAAGACACGCCUGAGAUCUGUCAAACUCGCGAAGCACCAUGCCGAAGACGCCUCGAACUUGGCUCGUGAUUGUAUUGAAGUUUUGGAGCAAUGGCAAUCCUCCUCGACGUCAAAUGCUGCUGGGGACACGAUCGCCGCGGUCGAAGAACUCACAGGGUUACUCACUAGUUACGAGAUGGAAGGUCUUCUUCUGGCUCACGAUUCAAUCGUCUCUUACGUUGAAGGCUUCCAGAGGAAACAAGGCUCGCUAUCGUCCUCUCCCAGUGGACCACCCAGCCCAUCGUCUAGCACAAGAGGUUCCAGGAUUGCCGACAAUAUCAAAAUUAUCAGAAUUGAGAAGACGAACGAACCUUUGGGCGCCACUGUUAGAAAUGAAGGGGAUGCCGUCAUAAUUGGUCGUGUUGUUCGUGGUGGUGCUGCUGAUAAAUCAGGCCUUCUUCACGAAGGGGAUGAAGUAUUGGAAGUAAACGGUGUCGAAAUGCGUGGGAAGAGUGUGAACGAAGUGUGCGACAUUUUGGCUGGUAUGCAGGGUAGUCUUACGUUCCUGGUGCUUCCUGCUCCCACGAAUCAUAGAAAUAAUUUGUCUAACAACAGAAGAGAAGACAAUACUCAAAUACAGCAUGUACGCGCACACUUCGAUUAUGAUCCCGAAGAGGAUCCUUACAUACCAUGUAGAGAGCUGGGCGUUAGUUUUCAGAAAGGAGACGUGCUCCAUGUGAUUUCACAAGAAGAUCCUAACUGGUGGCAAGCUUAUCGAGAAGGCGAGGAAGACCAGACCCUCGCGGGACUUAUUCCAAGCCGGGCUUUCCAACACCAGCGAGAGUCUAUGAAACAAACGAUAGCUGGUGAUAAGUCAACGGUACGGGGCGCAAAGAAGUCGAGCACCCUCCUUUGCGCGAGAAAAAAUCCAAAGAAGAAGAAGAGGAAUAAAUUUGGCUCGAAUUUCAACGACGACGGUUAUCCUCUUUACGCUACCACCGCCAUUGAUGACUAUGACAGCGAAGAGGUGCUUACUUACGAGGAAGUGGCGCUCUAUUAUCCCAGGGCGAAUCACAAGAGGCCAAUAGUUCUUAUAGGUCCUCCAAAUAUCGGCAGGCACGAACUUAGGCAACGAUUGAUGCAAGACAGCGAAAGAUUUGCUGCUGCCAUUCCUCAUACAAGUCGACCCAGAAAAGAUUCCGAGGUCGAUGGCCAGGAUUACCACUUCAUAUCCCGCUCGCAAUUCGAAUCAGACAUUCUCUGUCGUAAAUUUGUGGAGCACGGCGAGUACGAGAAAGCCUAUUAUGGAACGUCGGUCGAGGCAAUACGAUCGGUGGUGAAUUCGGCAAAGAUCUGCGUCCUGAACCUUCAUCCACAGAGUCUUAAAAUCCUACGGAGUUCCGAUCUGAAACCUUACGUCGUCUUCGUGGCACCACCAAGUUUAGAAAAGCUCCGGCAAAAGCGAUUAAAGAACAAUGAAAGCUUCAAGGAGGAAGAAUUAAAAGAUAUAAUUGAGAAAGCACGCGAAAUGGAAGAUAAGUACGGACACCUCUUUGACAUGAUCAUCAUCAACAAUGAUACGGAUCGAGCCUACAACCAGCUUCUCACGGAGAUCAAUUCUCUGGAGAGAGAACCGCAAUGGGUUCCGGCAACAUGGGUUCCAUAAUGCAUGAAAGCAAAAAAAAACGCAAUUUUAAUUGCACUGUAGUCUCGUCUGAUUUAUUUGAUUCGUGGAACAGCAGUGCUGAUUGUAGUGCCAUUGACAUUUGACAAAUGUUACUAUGGCAUUGUGAUAGUGAGAUAAAACAAAAUCGUGAUAGUACGUAUUGCUUUUCCCUUAAUGAGACUUUAAACAUGGAAAAUUCGCAAAGCAUCUUCCAUGCCUCUUGAGAAAAUUUUUCACUUCAAUUGUUUCGGGCAAAAACAUAUAAAAAAGAUCUGACUCGUUCUCUGAACGGUUGGUUCCACUGAGCCAGAGCUGCCAUGUGAGAUUUAUAAAUCUUGCGGAAAAGGAAAACGCGACAAUAUGCCAUUCGUUAAGUUCUUUGACGUCUUCGAAUGUACCGCGUGAAAACGUCCAGCUAUGACCGCCUCUUACCACGAACGGCUGCAAGGCCAUGAAAAUAUCACGACACUCAAGGAGUUAUUUCACUUCAGUUAAACGAAUGAAAUAAAUACAAAAAAAUAAAUAAAAAGAAACUAAUAAUCUCAACAAAAGCAGAUGUUACUAACGAUUUACCGUAUAUAUUCUAGACUGUCGCGUGUCCGCAUAGAAAAAUCGUGUUUCCCAAAGUAUAGGCCCCGUUAUGCAAUACAGGUAGUUUGACUACAAUCAAUGGUGUAAUGUUUUUCAACUAUCGCGAAAACGUUGCCCUCUCAGCGAACGUAUUCCUGUGGGACGCUAAAAGUGCCGCCACUUUCCACAGACAUUUUUCUUUGCUAAAUUCCUGCCAGCUAGAACCGUCAUGUCGUUUAAUCGAGGAGACUGUUCAUUGUGCUAGAAUUUUGAUCGACGUAAGGUCGAAAACUCCAUAGUCCCAAAGAAAUAUUGUCCGUGAAAAGAAAAAGAAUAUAUCCUGUUUAGAAAUAUUCUGCUAUCUAAAUAAAUAAUAUUCUGAUUGUGAGCCAAGCGUGCACGAUAUGUGGGCCAAAAUUGUCUGGUGCCAAAUGUUCGCCAUCGCACGCGAAAGCGAAUGUGAAACUGAGAUGUGCCAAACCUUACCGAAGACUUCGCUUAGGAGUUUCACGAUUCAAAACACGCUCAAAGGCAUCGUAAGAUUCAUCGUUAAUAAUUAUGUAAAUACUUGUGCAAUUGUAUAGAGAAAACAAAAGACAUUGUUUAUUAUUAUGUGGAGUGAGUAUAUGUGAUCGGUGCGAAGGAAAUAAAGAGAAAAAAAGAAAGAUAAAAGCGAUUUGUAGAAAGUUUCACGAUUGGUCGAUUCGGUCUCGCGAGUAAGUAGCUUCUGCGAAAUGUGAAAAUCGACCAUGAGAGACUGAAUAUGGCAGGAAAGUGCGUAACGUGUUGUAGCUUGUAGAUAUGCAAAUGCGUUCUACCAAAGCCGUUGCGAUUUUAAACAUUUAACAUCUUAUUAUUUUGAUGUGCACGAGUAUACCCGGCCAACGAGAGAACCGGGUAAUGCGAAAACAAGAGUGGAUUAGAAGGAAGAAAAAAUAAAGUCUCCCUCAGCAAGAUCACUCGAGUUACUGGUAUUUAUCAUUACGAUUAUUAUUAUUAUUAUUAUUGUUAUUACCAUCAUCAUUAUCAUCAUCCCAAUUACUAUACAGCAGAAUUAUGUACAUUAAUUGAUAUUGAUUUUACGUGUAACAUAUAAACGUACAACGUUCAAGAUGAGGUACUUAUAUAUAUAUACAUAUAUGUAUAUACAUAUUAUAUAUACGCACAUAUAUAUACAUAUAUAUAUAAAGGAUAUAAAUAUGAAUAUAAAUACGAGAUCGAAUAAUAUAAUUAGCAAUAAUGUCGAUGUACUUGUAAGGAUCAUGAAAUCAAGAUGACAAAUUCGAGAGACUCGUGCGAACAUUCUAAAAUUAAAAUUCUUCCGAAAGCGUUAGCUAUAUAUAUUAUGCUAAUUAAUAUAUUACGUUAAAUUAUAUAGCGAUCACGGAAAACAGGCUGACUAUGCGGUAAACGUGUUCUGGAAAAUUCGUAACGUUAUCAGAUGAUCGGCCAUUCUUCAUUGUCGCCGAGACGUAACUUGAACUUUUGGAGUAACACAUUUUUUUCUGACCGACGUUCCUGCUCACGAAAUAUACGCGGAUGCAAAAUGAUACUCGCCCGAAUGGCAGCUAUGUACUACACAGAGUAAUUAUACUUCGAAAUGGGUAAAGUCGAUUCAGAGGACCACCGCGUCUUGGGAUUGCAAUCCGUCAGGGCGAGGAGGUUCAUUUGGGGAAUACAGAUUAUAUAGAUUAUAUAUGAAUAGAGAAAGAUGGCGAGCUUAGUGAAUAUAAAUCAGUUAUUGGUACAGUUUAACGCCAAAACAACACGCUCUUUCAACUCUGUAACCGUGCCGAUGUUUCACCACACCUCCUCCCCACUCUGUUAUAUAUUCCGUUGAAUAAAGGUUACUAUAACAUUU